AUGGAGGGCGCGCCUUCAACCCCCGCUGCCCUGUGGUUGCAGCUGCCACUCUGCCAGGACGAGCGCGGCGACAGCAGCCGCGAUGUGCAACUUGCUUGCAGCGCUGAUGCGUGCCCUCGAGCCUUGCUGACGCACUUCCUCAGGCCUGAGGGCGGCUUUGUCGCUUCCACGACACCCCUCGGCACUGCACAGUGCCAGGAAGCUCCGUCGGACGAGACACGAGAGAGAAGGCCAAGUCUUAUCAGCACCGAAGCCCCCGACGACAACGACCCAGAGGACGAAGCAGCACUCCGCCUUGAUGUGCAGAAGCUCGGUCGUGCGGCCGAGGAGGCUCAGAAGGAGACGACGGAAUCCAAGACGAGAGAUGCCGCCAGCAUAAAGGAGGCGGAAGAAUCCCAGCGGGCUUUUGAGAAAGCCAUGGUGAUGCCGCGGGAGGUCUAUGGAAAGGCCCCGGCAUCCCUGCGGCAAGCGGAUCAGACUUCGUCUGACCUGCCGGCCAUUGAAGGCGCACUGGAGACGUUCCCCGAUGCGGAUAUCGCGGCUCCGCAGAGGGGCUUGCUGGAACUCCUUGAGGCGCAGGCCUCGCGGGCUUCUCCAGGGCGUUUGGAGGACAAGCUGACAAACUCUUUCGAGAGUCGCCUGCGGCGGUCGGCAGCAGGAAUUGCAGAUGCCAUUUUCGCAAACAAGAUUGAUCUGCGAAACGUCUUCAACCAGUGGGACCUGAAGAGAUGCGGCAGCCUCGACGAAGAGGAGUUCCAGUGCGCCGUUGCUACCCUGGGCUUCGAUGCCACUCCCGAAGUCACAGCGGUCCUCUUCAAGGCCUUUGAUUUGAAAGGGGAUGGCCGAGUGUCCUGCUGGGAAUUCACGACAGGCUUGCGCACCUUGCAAGCCACAGCCACUGAAGAGCGAGGUGCCUCGACUCGCGCCGUCUCCUUUACAGGAGGGUCCUCAAGCUCCACAGCAUCGCACCUCGCGGGCAGCGAUCCUGUAUGGGGGGUAGGGGCAGGCUCGGGCUCCGGCCAAUCGGGCGCUUCUGGUGGACGUGUGCAAGGACACCUGCCAGAGGCAAGCUUGGGAGAACGGAGAGCACUGGCUCGGGAGGAGCGAAGGAAUGAAGCUAGAGAGCGCAUACGGGAAGCCACGCGGGGUCGCGAUGUGGAGCACCUGAGAGAAGCCAUCGAGGAUGGAGAGAGAGCAAGGCUGGAGGAGGAGCUCGGCCAUGCACGGAAGCUAUUGGCGGAAGAGAUGCAGAAGGCUCGCGCAAAGACAGCGCUGCAAGAAGCAAUGGCUGCUGGUGACAGAGCCCGUUUGCAAGAGGCGAUCUCGCUGGCACAAAGGGCCGGCGUCGAUGCAUGCGAGAUGGCCCGAUUCAAAGAUCUCCUCGCCGCCGAGCCCGAGGAUGUCUCCUUCCUCACCUUUGUGAAGAAGGAGCUUCUCUGCGAGGCGAAGCUGGCGUCCUCGAGAGGGAGGAGUCGGAGUCCGCAAUGGGCACUGAAGCGGCGAAUCGGCCGCUCAGUGAUGCCGAGGACCGUUCCCCUGGCAUACCUCACAAGCGUCUGCUGGGCGGAGGAACGCGGCCGCUCCGAGGACGGCUGGGAGGAUGAAUCGGACGAUGACUCCGAGUUCAAUUAA